AUGUCUGGUCGCGGUAAAGGAGGGAAAGGGCUCGGGAAAGGCGGCGCCAAGCGGCACAGGAAGGUGCUCCGUGAUAACAUCCAGGGCAUCACCAAGCCUGCCAUCCGCCGCCUAGCUCGCAGGGGAGGCGUCAAGCGCAUCUCCGGCCUCAUCUAUGAGGAGACUCGCGGGGUGCUGAAAGUCUUCCUGGAGAACGUCAUCCGGGACGCCGUCACCUACACCGAGCACGCCAAGAGGAAGACCGUCACCGCCAUGGACGUGGUCUACGCGCUCAAGCGCCAGGGCCGACGCCAUCCCACUGCUUGCCACCAAUUAUGUGGGCGUUCGGCCAUGGCCAGAACCAAGCAGACAGCCCGUAAGUCCACCGGCGGGAAAGCUCCCCGCAAGCAGCUGGCCACUAAGGCCGCCAGGAAGAGCGCCCCGGCCACUGGCGGAGUCAAGAAGCCUCACCGCUACCGGCCCGGGACCGUCGCUCUCCGGGAGAUCCGGCGCUACCAGAAGUCCACCGAGCUGCUCAUCCGGAAGCUGCCCUUCCAGCGCCUGGUGAGAGAGAUCGCCCAGGACUUCAAGACCGACCUUCGCUUCCAGAGCUCGGCCGUCAUGGCCCUGCAGGAGGCCAGCGAGGCUUACCUGGUCGGGCUAUUCGAGGACACCAACCUCUGCGCCAUCCACAAGAUGUCUGGUCGCGGUAAAGGAGGGAAAGGGCUCGGGAAAGGCGGCGCCAAGCGGCACAGGAAGGUGCUCCGUGAUAACAUCCAGGGCAUCACCAAGCCUGCCAUCCGCCGCCUAGCUCGCAGGGGAGGCGUCAAGCGCAUCUCCGGCCUCAUCUAUGAGGAGACUCGCGGGGUGCUGAAAGUCUUCCUGGAGAACGUCAUCCGGGACGCCGUCACCUACACCGAGCACGCCAAGAGGAAGACCGUCACCGCCAUGGACGUGGUCUACGCGCUCAAGCGCCAGGGCCGCACUCUCUAUGGCUUCGGGGGUUAA